AUAAUUAUUAAUAUAAUUUCGAUGGAAUUAUUCUUUCUUUUCCGUUUAAAAUGUGUAUCGGGCAAUCGGUUACUUCCGCAUUACUGCGUCGCGUCACUCCUGAAAAGAUGCUGCCAGUGUAUAGAUUUGAUAAAAAGACUAACCAUGAAUUGAAUUGAUUUAUUAAUAAAAGGAUUUAAAGAUUAAUUUAGUCGCAGGCGGCGAUGGAAAUUAUACAUCAUUUUGGUCGAAUAGAAGAGAGUACAGACGAGGGAACAAUCUGUGACGAUAACAUCGGGAUGGUUUUGGAGGAAGCUGAAAUAAUAGAUACUGAUGGUAAUAUAGAAAUUACAUCAGAAGAUGAUAAUGUUCAAUAUCAAUUUUGUCAGAUAAAUAGAAACGAAAGUGCUGUGGCUUAUCGUGUUGUACAAGUUAGUGAUAAUCAUUUGGACAAUAAUGAAUUAUCCAUAGCAACGCCUGUAAAUAAUACCGUACAAGUUUUGACUUCCCCAAUAAAUGGACAGUUUUAUUUGUUGAGUAGUGAUAAUGAAGUGCUUACCUCAGAUUCUGGAAGGAAUGUAAUACCUCGCGUUGCCAAAGUACAAAUAGAAACAUCUGAGAAUCUUGUUCCAGGUAUCAAAAAAAGAGACGAAAGAAGAAGAGUAACGCAUAACGAAGUAGAAAAACGUAGAAGAGACAAGAUCAACAAUUGGAUCUUCAAAUUGGGAAAGCUUUUACCAGAUAAUGAAAAUGGCAUUAGCGGAGGAGAUAUAAAAGCUACUUCUGAAUUACAAAGCAAGGGUGAUAUUCUAGCACGAGCAUGCGAAUAUAUAACGGAAUUACGAGAGAUUCGAGAGAAGUAUGCUCAAAAUUUAGAAGAGAAUACGCAGUUAUUAGAGGAAGCCAAAGCUCUCAGACAAGUUGCAACUCAAUUGAGAAAAGAUAAUUACCAAUUAAAAUCACAAUUGUCUAAUAAUACCAAUUAUAUCCUAGGCACUUAAUCAUUAACUCUAUCUUUAUGAUAUUCGAUAUUUUCUCUCUCUUUUUUUUUUCUUUUUUUUUUUUUUUAAAUUUUGACCAAUGUGUUCCAUAACUUUUUUUACACUACAUCUACAGGAUAUACGUAGCGCAAUAAAACGUGACUGUAGUAAUUACAAAAUGUUUAUUUACACGUAUUUAACUCAACAAUACUUGUAUAUGAUAAACGAUAAAUCGCAAUUAUAUAGUUAUAAAUUCAAACUGUACAGAUAUACUAUAAACAAUAACUAUAUAUAACGCGAAUGAUAGAUUAAAAGUUGAAAAUUUAUUAUUAAAAUCAUUAAAUCAGAUGUACAAAUAUACAAAACAUUACGCCAUAAUCAAUAAGUAACUUCGUUCAAAUGUUACAUAUAACUAACUUGAAAGUUACUUUUUUUAUUCUAAAAUGCGUUGAAAUUGUUAACUGGUAGGUCUACAGUAUUUACAAUUGUAAAAUACAUCUAUUUAUGUACAUUCAACAGAGCAACAUGUUCAGUAUUAUUUUCUUAAUUCAUUGCCAUGAUAUAUCUAAGUAUGUUGAUAAUAACAAAAUGAGCUUUAUAUCUUUUUCUCCUUAAAUAUGCACAUACAGUUAUCAUUAUCAAAUUUAGGGGAAAAUAUAUAUAUAUGUAUAUGUAUAUGUAUAUGUAUAUGUAUGUAUAUGUAAUUUCUAGUAUUAUUAUUGCUUCAAAGCACAUUAUUUUACUUUUUGUAUGUAGCUGUUCAGAAGUAGUCGGAUUAACAUCUUGUACUUUAUUGGCUCUAAGCAAUAAUGGCAAGAGAGACUUCCAAUAAUAGUACAAGAGAAGGAAUGAUAUUUAUAG